GGCCCGAUCCGGUCAUCGCGACUUGCCUCCAAGCUAUGACCGGGUCCCAUAAGGGAAAUCGCACGUAAAAAUAUCUAGUCAUGUCCCAAUUUUCUGCUCCACAAGAGCUUAUCGAUACAAUCAUCGACGAGCUGCAAGAUGAUUACUUGUCCCUGAUGUCCUGCUCUCUUGUCAGCCGUUCAUUUUCUUCUCAGACGCGUCCGCAUCUUUUCCGGCACAUAGAUCUCGCUGGGGGGUCUCUCAGUGCCAAAUUCCGUCAGCUGACCCUCUCAUCACCUCAUAUCCCAGGUUAUGUCAAAGACCUCACCAUCUUUGACAAUGCCUUCUUUGAGGACCGCCACGCGAUGGGGAUCUUGAAGUCCCUAGUCAAUCUAGGAACAAUCGAGCUCCGCCAUUCGCAUGUAUCCAGUCUCCCAAAGGUCGCGGACGUGCUAUCGAAUAUCUCCAUCAGAUCUGUGGUGCUAUCAUUCACAACGUUUCUCGACGUCUCGGUUUUUUGUACGUUGAUGAAUCGAUGUUUUCCCGGGAUGUCGAACCUGGAAAUGUCCAACGUUCACGUCCUUGCGACCACCGAUGCAGUCUUUGCAGUCCCUCAGAGGUCCUGCGCAAUGGAGACUUUGAAGAUCAAGCUAGAUGACGUUGACUAUCCGAUGCUUGAAGCCAUUUCCGAGGGGGCUUUGGGCGCGUUGACAAAAUUGCAUACUUUAUCUACCACAGGGUGUCCUGAAGGGGACGCAGCUGCUCAUUUUCAAGAGCUGCUUUCGCUCCCCUCGCUUCGCGUUUUGCGUCUUCGUAACCUCCAGUAUGGCCAUUCUCUCCCUGAUCCCGUCUCACUGUUGCAUCUUCAAACGAUCGUGUUGAACAUGAUCUGCCUGCAACAUUAUACGCACGUUUCCCCAUUACGUUGGCUCGCUUCGUGCCUUUCGUUGGAUCCCGACCGGAUAUCGUCUCUCCAGCAUAUAACUAUAAUUUACACGGUGUAUCAGAAACGCGGAGAUCAUCUCAUUGGGGCAGAUGUAAUGGCGUGGGCAGCAUUGGAUAGACUGCUAUCACAUCCACGCAUGUCCGCUUUGAGGUCGUUUCGCGUGGUGGUUGAUGGUAUUUUUGGCCAUCCUGAAGGGUCCAUUUUCCAUCCGAAGACAGUUAUUGAGGAGAGUUGCGCAUAUCUUCAGAGUCGAGAUUCAUUAUUCACGGUGGAGGUUGUUGAUCAGGUGGAUUAUGAUGCUUUCCAGUUAUAACUUCAGCCUUCAUUCUUCAUUCGCGAC